CACCUGGAGGGUGGGGGGAAGAAGGAGAUAGAAAAGGAUAAAACAUGGAUGACUCCUAAAUAUAAUCAACACCAUCUUUUUCAUAAAUGUCUGCUUGUCACAAGCUUGAAUACUAGGUGCUAAAGGGGGCUAUAAACUGUGAUUACAAGUGACUUAACGGUGACCAGUUCAUCAUGUUAACUCUAAAUGGACUCCAUCUAGAACAUGCUUGAAAACAUGCUGGAUUUCCUGUAUGCUCUGAAAGUCUUCCGUCUUGUGUGUUUUUCCACAUUUUUUUUUUUUUUUUCAGGAAAGCCCAAGGUCUAUCAAGGUGUUAGAGUAAAGAUUACAGUGAAGGAGUUACUGCAGCAGAGAAGAGCACGACAAGCAGCAACCGGUGCAGCAGUUUCUUGGGGCGGCGGCAGCAUCCAGUUUUCAGAGUCUGCGUCUCCUCCUCACCCAGCACCUUUGGAUGCAGAAACCGCCUCUUCUGUUCCCAACUAUUGCCCAUCGUGGCAGUUUUCGAAUUGUCUCUCCUGUGAAGAAAGCCCGAGCUAUUUGGAGCAGCUGGUAGAUUCCUGCCUCCAGACAGACGCGCCCUUAGAGCCAGCCUUCAGUGCUCUCCAGGCACCCUCACAUUACACCUCAGACGCCCUCCAGCCAGUCCCGCUCUGCUUCAACCAGGGCUUGGCUGCUGGAUCCCCCAGUCCAGCCGAUCUGCCCAGCCCAUUAAACUAUAGCUGCUCUCCUCCUCAGCUAUCUCCUUUCACCCCACUGACCCCCAGCCCACCCUCUGAUCUGGAGACCAAGACCUAUGGCUGCCCUGCGGAGGAGUGGUCCUGCCAUGCCCCCUGCCCGUACCCCACCUCUGCCUGCUGCUGCGCGGCCUGUGGCUCCCAGCACGGGGACAACAGGGUCCCGCAGUACUUCCCCUGCCCCAGCACAGACUGCCUGGACUACCUCCCGCCCGUGGCCAUGGCCGACGACUUCUUCAGACGGGAUAGGAGCUGCGACAUCUGCUACAGCUAAUGGCGACUGUGGUUUUACACAUCCACUGUAUCCAAAUCAGAUUAAUUGCCCAUGAACUAUGCAAAGUUGCACUGCCUAACAGUCCAGUUUAUUCUUCACUACUCACACAUUUUCUACAUGAUACUGUCACUACAUUAGUCCUCCUGUCUUGCAUGGUCAGGGGUGUUUUGUUGGCUGUCGUCGUGGUUUCUUUUGGGUUUUGGUUUUGGUUUUUUUUUUCCUCCUGGUUUUGUUGUUGUUUUUUAAAGAAAUCUUAAACUGCCUUAUCAAACACAUGUCAUUAAGCCAGCUCUUUUUGAUACAAAUAAA